AGUUUACCAUGCAAGUAUUUCGAUACUAUUUCGGUCAUACUAGUCGUGGUUAUGCAAAUAAAGAGAAAUUUUGUUGACUUAGGGGAUAUUUUCUUAUGCAUGCAGUUCAUUUGGUGUGAUCAAGUGAUAUCCUUCUUACCAGGAAACUCUUUGUUUUGGGGGAUUGUACCGAUGCCAAAUCUUUUUCCCUUUGGCCUGGUUCUGGUUUCGUCUAGUUUCUGAUCUCGAAAAAUACAUCCUCCUCCUCCCACGCCGGACUCGAAAGAUUUUCAUGCAACUACAGUUUGCUACACAUACAAACAACGCGAGCAAGUAAAUACGGCUAAAGCUUGUCACUGGUUGCUGUCAAUGCCAGUGUUGUUUUGGUCACGUUUCAAGUAGCAUCAUUUCAGUAAAACGUCAACUGAGACAAUUGAUUUGGAGGAAUGGAAUUUUCCACUUCGCCAGUCAUUAGUUGUGAAGAUGGUGUUUCAGAAAUUAACUCAACUACGGGAAUGGAUGACAUAAUUAAAUGGUGGGAUUCGUUGUCCGUGCUGCUGAAAAGUUGUUUUACAACGACUCGAGUGGACUUGGAAGUGCCCAAACAAGACUCGGAAAGUAUUAUAAUGUGGACCGUGUCCUCUACUGCAGAUAUUCUUGCCAGUGGUGAUGGUAAAUGUCGGGACCAAGUGAUGCGAUACGUGGCUGACGAUUUAUUAGGACUUCAAAUACUCUUGCAAAACAUGGAGGAAGGUAAUAAUAUCGGGACUAAAAAACGAGAAUCCAUUAGUAAAGUCUUAAGAGAAUUAGUUAAUCCGAAACAUGGUAAACUAAGAGCGACCAUCAUAAAUCAAGGAAUUGAAUUGAAUUAUCUUCCCAAGAGCAUCAAAAUCUUGAAAGAUUUACUUCGCCAUAGUUCAAACUGCAAAAUUCCAGAAGAAAUGGAAAUCGUAGAAUCAACAAUCGUCAAUUUUCUGUGGUUCCUUUCUGCUAUUGCUACAAACGACUCCAGUUUCGCUCGACAUGUUCGAGACAUGUUGAAGGUCAAGUUUUUUCAUAGCGAGGUCUACAAGAAGAUUUUCUUUGCCAAAUCGGCAUCUCACUAUCCGCUUUUAAAAAUUCUACGCCAACUCUCAAAAAAUGAUGAUACCGCAUCAAUACUGGGCAAGGAAGGUGUGAUGACCACGAUAAGAAAAUCAUUUUCGUUGGUAGGAACUACUCCUGGUGGGAAAUUGUUGAUAAUUAUGGACAUUCUUUCUCAAUUGACCAAGAAAAAAACGAAUUCCACACGAUUCCAAAAAGCGGGACUAUUGGUCAAAGUAAUGCAAGUUUUUUCCAACUGGGAAUUAUGGAGAGGUCAAGGACUUUUAAGACUGAGCAAGUUUCUGAUUUCCACUUAUAAUCACGUCGCACGAACACCCUCGGGGAGAAAAGCUAUAAUUAAAUGUGAUGCAAUUUUACAAAUUCGCAAGUUUUGUGAUGCCUGUCCGUCCGAACGAAGUUUUGAUGAGGUUUUGAUGCGGAUUUCGGGACUUGUUGCAACUUGCUAUCACAAAGACAUUCUUCCCUUGGAUAAGGUUGAGAGUCCCAUUGUUUUUCAAGUACCCGACGCAGUUAUGAAGGUUCAAGAUUGUGGAAGCAGUAGUGAUGACGAAGGGAGUGAUGAUGGCGAUGAAGAUGAUGACAAAUCCGACGACAAUGGGUCUGACGACGAUGUUGCAAGUUCAGAUGACUCAGGAGACAAGGAUAAAAAUAACGAUAAUCAAAGCAGCGACGAUGAUAUGGAACCUCUAAAAGUACGAAGCAAAUUGAAGCUCUCCACGAGAAGAUCCUCCACUGGAGAUCAUCAGCAAUCACUGCCGUCAAACAUGCAAAGACAAUCAAUAUCAUCCCAGGAUAGCAAACUUGACAGUUAUAAGAAAUUUUUUACUGAAUUCGAAGUGACGAAAAAUGGGUUAUUUCACCGAAAGGUCACUGAAACAAAGAGCACUCCAAUGGCAAUGUCUUUAGCGUCGUUGGUUGAUGAAAAUUUGAAUGAAACUUCAAAACCCAAAGGAAUCCCAAGGAGUGAACACAAAUACUCUUGGAUUACUGACAAUAAAGACUGCGAAUAUGUUUACUGGACAUCAAUCACAGAACUUCGACGACAAUAUUCCAUUGUGGCCAACUCUAUCAAUCACGUGGCUCCAUUUGUCAAAAUCCCUUACCCAGAUUUUGCUUUCGCGUAUAGUCAAAAAUCAGUAGAGAACAUGCUCCCCACUACAGAUCGUGCAUUGCUCAGAAGUAAAAUAAUAUCAUACAUUUCUCGGACCGUUGGAGGAGAAUCUUUCAAGCCCAAAGUGAUUUACUCAUUGGAUAGUCUUCUCACUAAUACGGAAGAAAAUUCGUCAGCGAAACAAAAACCUCUUCGAAACAGAGAUGAAAAAGAAAUUGGCAACUAUAACAAAAGACUCGGUUUAGAAUUUGAAUCCAGGUUUGAAAGUGGAAAUUUAAGGAAAGCGAUCCAGGUCGGAGAGCGUGACUACGAUCUACUGAUUACGUCUGACGUAAAUUCCCGUCAUCACAAUCAGUGGUUCUACUUCCAAGUGAGCAACACCGUCAAUGACAAGAUGUACACAUUCAACAUAAUAAAUUGCACAAAGACCAACUCACUUUUCAACUACGGAAUGCAGCCUCUUUAUUAUUCCGUUACGGAUGCUACAAAGGGAAAAGCAGGCUGGCAAAGAUCCGGCCACUCAAUCUGCUACUACAAAAACGGUUACAAAUGUGCGACAUCUAAAAAAAGAAAUUGCAGUAAAGUGUAUCACACGCUCUCCUUCAGCUUAAGCUUUGCUCAUAAAGGUGACAUUGUUUAUAUCGCUUAUCAUUUGCCCUACCCAUACACUCGUCUCAUGGUUGAGCUCAAUGCCAUGCUAAAAGCUUCUGAAUCGAGGGACGAUAUUAUUGUCAAAUAUGACACGUUGUGUCAAUCGCUAAACAAGAAUGAAGUUCCAUUAUUAACAAUAACUUCUCAGCUUGAUGAAAGAUCUGUCAAUACCCGUGAAAUCAUUUUCUUGACUUCCCGAGUACACCCUGGCGAAUCUAACGCAAAUUGGGUGAUGAAAGGAAUUUUGGAGUUUCUUCUAUUUGGCAAGACGUCUCAUGUACAAGCUCUAUUAAAGAAAUAUGUUUUUAAAAUCGUACCGAUGCUUAACGUGGAAGGAGUGAUUAAUGGAUGCCAUCGGUGUGGAUUGACCUCUGAAGAUCUGAAUCGAUGCUGGAAAAUGCCUUCAGAAAUUCUACACCCAACAAUUUUUCAUACAAAAAUGCUGAUUGAGUAUUGCUGCAAAAUUUUGAACCUGACUCCAGCCUUAUACUGUGAUUUGCAUGGUCAUUCCAGAAGAAAAAACUGCUUCUUUUAUGGUUGCUCUUUUUCAAAGUCUUGGCAGAAUAAAGAUAAGUUGGAGUUGGAUGACAGCAAAUGUUUAUUGUCUUUGCCAGAAAGUAUGGAUCGUAUAUCCUCAGCAUUUUGCUUAAGCUAUUGCAACUAUGACGUGAGAAAAAGUCGUGAAACGACGGCAAGAGUUGCGGUUUGGAGAGAUUACCGAAUACCACGCUCUUACACUUUAGAAUGCUCAUAUUGCGGAUUCGAUCGAGGACAAUUUAAGGGAAUAGCAUUUGGGACCAAUCAUUUAUUAGAAAUAGGCAAAGAUUUGUGCAAGUCAUGUCUAGAAUUAUAAACAAUAAAAAAUAAAGAUGACCAUUUGUGCUUGCA